UGCAGAGGCAGCAGCAGCAGUAGCAGCGGCGGCGGCAUUGCUCCAACAAGCACUAGUCACUCCAGUCCCAGCAAGCGAGCAGGGGAGAGCCACACACCAACUCAGCCCAAGCCAAGCGGGCGCUAGGCUACCUAGGACUCUCCCUGUGACACCAGAGCACACAAACACACAAAGAGGGAGAGAGGAAAAUAUAAAAAAGAACUCCAAACAUGGGAGGCAAACUUAGCAAGAAGAAGAAGGGGUACAAUGUGAAUGACGAAAAAGCUAAAGACAAGGACAAGAAGGCUGAGGGAGCAGCUACUGAGGAAGAGGAGACUCCAAAACAGAAUGAGGAUGCCCAGCAAACCACAGAGACCGCAGAAGUGAAGGAGAACAACAAGGAGGAGAAGGGUGAUAAAGAGUCUCAGGUUGCUGCCAAUAAGACAGAAGACAAAGAAGGGGAAAAAGAAAAAGCCGUGAGCCAGGAAGAAGUCCAGAAAUCUGAACCAGAGAAGCCAGAGGCCGUUGUCGACGCAAAAGUGGAGCCACAGAAGAACAAUGAACAACUGGCACCUAAGCAAGAGGAACAGACUUCAGCCUCUGCUCCUGCUGCCAGUAGUGAAGCACCUAAAACUUCUGAGCCCAGCAAUGAUGCAAAAGUUUCCCAGCCUUCAGAAGCCACAGCUACUAGUAAAGCAGAUGACAAGAGCAAAGAGGAAGGGGAAGCCAAAAAGACUGAGGCUCCCGCAGCACCUGCAGCGCAAGAAACUAAAAGUGAUGUGGCCCCAGCUUCAGACUCAAAACCUAGCAGCAGCGAGGCUGCACCUUCUUCCAAGGAGACCCCGGCAGCAACAGAAGCACCUAGUUCUACUCCCAAGGCUUCAGCGCCUGCAGCCCCACCAGAGGAAGCGAAAUCUUCUGAAGUUCCAGCGACUAAUUCGGAUCAAACCAUAGCAGUGCAAGAUUAAAUUGGACAGCCUGUUGAAA